AUGACCAAUUAUAUCGUUACAUUGAAAAAGGCUACUCCAGAUAAGGAAGCAAAGAAAGUGAAGGAAUCCAUUGAUAAGUUAGGUGGUUCCGUGGUUCAUGAAUUCUCUUUAAUUAAGGGGUACACUGUUAAGCUUCCUGAUAAGUUAAAGUUGGAUGCCUUGAGACACAAGCAUGGCGAUGUUAUUGAAAAUAUCGAGGAAGAUAAGGAAGUUCAUGCUAAUGAUGCAUCUGCAAAGUAG